AUGAUUGCCCAACAGAAAGAGAAAGGAAAGUCAAAAAGUGGUAAAGGUGAAAGUAUCACCUUACAGCAGUUGCAAGCAGCUCACGAUGAUUAUGAAGAAGAAGCAACACUGUGUGCCUUUCGGUUGAAAUCACUGAAGCAAGGCCAGUCACGCAGUCUCCUAACACAAGCAGCACGUCACCAUGCUGCUCAGUUGAAUUUCUUUCGGAAAGGACUUAAAUCACUAGAGGCAGUUGAGCCACAUGUCAGGAUGGUUGCUGAACGACAACAUAUUGAUUACCAAUUCAGUGGCCUUGAGGAUGAUGUUGGUGAAGAUGGUAAUAAUGAUGACAGUAAUGAUUUUGACGUUGUUGAAGGUGGUGAGCUGAGUUUUGACUACAGAUCAAAUAAGCAAGGGCCAUAUAUUGUUUCCACAUCACCAAACUCAGCAGAGGUGGAAGAGUCAGGUCGCUCUUAUGUACGAUCUUCAACCCCAGAAACUGCAGAGCUUGCAUUCUGGCAGACAAGUCUAGACAAGAGCCAAGGAGAUUUUAAAGUUUCAAAUAGAUUCAACAGUUAUUCAGCUCCAAUACUUGCAGAAAAGAAAUUUGACCCUGCUGAAAAAGUAAGACAACUUCUAGCAUCAUCAACAGCAAAGUCUAAUGCAUAUGUUCUUCCUACACCAGUUAACAUCAAAGAAACCAAAAAUAACUCUGCCCCCCGCACCAGUGCAAGUGGAUCUUUGCAUAAUUUGUGGACUUCCCCUCUGGAUGAAAAAAAGAAUGAGAAAGAUGUUGAUAGUAAAUUGUUAGAACCGACUAUCCAUAGAGCUCAUUCUAUUCUCAAAGAAAGUAACAGUGAUACAACAUCCACCCAGUUACCACGCCCUUCAACAGAUGGACUCUCACUUCCACAAGUUGAUCUUUUCAAUGCUUCUGAUACUAAGAAAAUAAAGAUAAAAACUUUUUCUGGUCCAUUGACUAAUAAACCAUUGCCAGUAAAACCUAUUUCUGGGGGUUUUCCACGUUUACCUGUGCCACAGCCUUCAUCUCCAAAAGCAUCUCCUAAUGCUUCACCUCCCCUUGUUUCUUCACCCAGGAUAAGUGAGCUUCAUGAACUUCCGAGACCUCCUGGUAGUAAGCCAGUGAAAUCUUCUCGAGUGGGUCACUCUGCCCCAUUAGUAUUUAAAAAUCCAGAGGUUGUUGUGACUAGUAAAUUUCCUUCAGUUAUAUCCAGUGUAGCAUCUCCACUCCCAACUCCCCCUAUAGUCUCUCGGAGUUUUUCUAUACCUUCCAGUGGUCAGAGAGCAAUGACAUUAAAUGUUUCUAAUACAAAGUAUUUGGAUAGUCCCCAAGUUUCAAAGGUUGAUAAAACUCCAUCACCUCCGCUUACACCCAUGUCUCAGAAAGUCUCUAGUAUACCUGAUCUGACUUCUCACUCAAGUGAAAUCCAAGUGGAUGCAGGUGGGAGCUAA